AUGCUGACCGUGAUCGGCAGAGACCUAAUAGAAGCCCAUCAUGUUUUGGACCAUCGAAUUGGUACAAAUGGUCUACCGUACGCUCAACACUUGCCUCUUGGAUGGGUCAUCAUCGGCGAGGUUUGCCUUGGAAAGGUGCAUAGGGCUGAGGUAGUCAAUGUGAAUAAAACCAACGUGCUCGACAGUGGACGUCCGACACUUUUUGAACUCUGCGACAGUGACAUUAAUGUAAAAUGUGAUUCGGUUUUUAAGAAAACCAGCGGAGACGAAAAGCCAGGUUUGUCGAUUGAGGAUCAGGUCUUCCUCGAUAUCAUGGAUGUAGGCUUUGCAAAAACAGACACUGGUCAAUGGACAGCUCCUUUGCCAUUUUGUGAGAAUAGGCGAGUACUGCCAAACAAAAAGCCGUUUGCUCUCAGUCGAGCAAAGUCCUUUGAUGUCAGUCUUCGGCUAAACCCUGUUAACCGUGACCACGCUGUUGAAUUCAUGGAGAAUCUUUUCAAAAAUGGACGUGCUGAACUUUCUCCAGAAAUAUCAACCUCAAACGAAAGAUGGUAUUUGCCACUAUUCGGUGUUUACCACCCUAUGAAACCAGACAAAAUCCGGAUGGUAUUUGACUCAUUUGCCAAAUAUCAAGAUGUGUCACUCAAUGACGUCUUGCUCAAAGGUCCGGAUCUUUGCAAUAGCUUACUUGGAAUUCUUCUGCGAUUCCGUAGAGAGGCAGUAGAGGUUACAAUGGACGUAGAACAGAUGUUCUACAAUUUCAAGGUUCCAGAGAACCAAAGGGACUUCUUGCGGUUCUUGUGGCAUAUGGACAAUAACCCAGAGCAGCAUUUAGUCGAUUAUCGGAUGACCAUACAUGUCUUCGGUAAUAGCCCGUCUCCGGCUGUAGCAACAUAUGGCAUGCGCAGGUCCGUGGAAGGUGCCGACCCAGCAGUAAAGGAUCUGGUAAACAACAACUUCUACGUUGACGAUGGACUUCUCUCUUGUGUUGAUGAGGAUGAAGCCAUACGAGUGACUCAUAAGACAAAGCAAGCAUUACAGGACGGUGGCAACCUACGAUUGCACAAGUUUACUUCAAAUAGUAGGAAGGUUCUGGAUUCUUUUGAGCCGAAUGAUCUUGCCAAAGACUUAAAGGAUCUGGAUCUCGGAAUAGAAUCGCUUCCGAUCCAGAGAAGUUUGGGUUUACUUUGGGACACCGAGAAAGACGAUUUUACGUUCAAAGUGUCGUCAGAUGCCAAACCAUACACUAAGAGGGGUGUUCUAUCUACAAUCAAUAGCCUUUAUGACCCCCUUGGAUUUGCCUCACCUGUUGUUCUGAGAGGUAAAUUAUUCAUGAAAGACAUGUUAUCAUCUGCUAAGAACCAAGAUUGGGAUGAUCCGCUUCCAGAGUCUCUUCGACGUGAAUGGGAAUCGUGGGUGAAAUCUUUAACCCAUUUGGAGGACUUUCGUGUCCCCCGGAAAUACAGCCAAGUUUCAUUUUCCAAGGCUACAGGUCGUGAUGUGCACAUAUUCUCAGAUGCAUCCAAAGAUGCUACCGGAUCUGUCGCCUACCUCAAAUUGUACAGUGAGGACUCUGUGGACGUUAGUUUUCUCCUUGCCAAAAGCGAGGUAGCACCAGUAAGUGGACACACUAUACCUCGUCUCGAACUUUUGGUGCAGUUUUGUCUGUAG